UUUUAUUUAUGUGGAAAAAGAACUCAUUCAGAGUUAUUAUUUAAUAAGUUAAAAUAAAUUCGUUGUAUGAUAUGCUCGAUUUUUAAAAACGCUGUUUUGCAUAUAUAAUGAAUGAACGCUAGGUAUUGGAUAUAUGUUGCAAUAUUGGUAUUGGGUAGCAUUUAUAGAAACUUUGAUUCAUAAAUGUCCCUGUUAAAAGUUUUAUUUUAUUUUUUAAGAUAUACCAUAUGUUCAAAUGAAUUUAUUGAAAUUACUCUUUUGCUGUGAUUUUUUACCAAUUUUCAUCUAUAUUUUGUGAUUUUUUUCUUUUCUCUAACGUCAAUGAAGAUGGCUGUUAAUGUAAUGUUAGAGUAGAAAUUGGUGUUCCAGAGUCACUUUUAAAACUUUUGACUGUACACAAUAGCCUUUGUGCUAAUAUGUUUGUUUUAACUUAACUGUGUUUUAUGUACAUUCUGAGCAAGCCAUGACUGUCACUCAUCUAGAUACAUGUUAUGAAUCAAAUUACAACAUUGAAAAACAUUGGAGAGCCCAUUGCUUAAGGACCUUAUUUGGUCAAUUGCCUGGCUAGAAUUUUGGACAUUGCUGCUUCGUGAAUAUGCUAUUUUAGACAAUGUAAUCUUAGUUUCAAUUUUUUUCACUAGUAAAAUAUGCAGAUUUCGGAAAUAGGUCAAAAAUUUGAUUAAUUAUCAAUUCUAUUUGGAGGGUAAUUCUGCAUUGUAGCAAUCAUGAAACCUUUUAUACUAUUGUUGUCAUCAGAAAGAGCUUCCAUUGAAAUUUUAGCACUCAAACUUAAGAAAUUUUAAGUUAAAAUAAAUGUCUCCUUGUAAUUAUAGUACAAUUAAAAAUUCCGCUUGUAACAGUAAACUUAUUGAUGUUAUUUGCCGCAGAGUUUCAAGCAAAAUUUGAAUGUUCCAGUAAGUCAAAAUUUUGAAUGAGAGUAUCUGACUUUUGGGAAAUUAUUGAGAAAAUUCUUGGUAUAGUCAUCAGGGAGUUCCUGAAACUUCAAUAUUCAUUCAGCUUAGAGGUUCAGUUGAAUUUUGACUAUUAGAGCUAUUAGAAUGUGAAUGGAAUUUUGAAUAAAUAUCUUCAUCAAGGAACUUGCAUCACUGUUCUAAAAGCAAAUUAUAAAUAAAAACCAAAUUUAUUGUCUAAUAAUCAACUCCUUAUUUGUGCCUUAAACAGUUGAGAGCAUAUUGUCGUACGUUCAUUUAUCCCUUUAUUUUGACGUGUAAAUACCGAUCAUUUAAGAAAUUUCUUUUGUCAUUUGCUUGCAACAAUAGACGUUAUGCAUUUUAAAGGAAUCAACAGUUUUUUUUAUUAUUAUUAUUUAUUUAUUUUUUUAAUGAUACUUUAUGAUAUCCUACAAUAAUAUACACCUUAGAUAUUUUUUUAUAAUUAUUUAACUACUUAUCUCUGGCAUAUCUGGGAAAAUAAAAAUAAAAUUUUAAUAUCAUACUUAUUAGGACAAAGAUAAAUGUUGUUGCAUAGAAAAUUGUUUAUAAGAUUAUAUGCAAGUACAUGUAUGAGAAAUUUCUUUAUUGUGUAUUUUAUGUAAAAUGAACCUUUCAACUGAGAAAGAUUUGCCUGACCUCUGUAAUGUUCCUACCAUUGCAAAAAGUUAUUCUUGUAGUAUAUGUGAUAAGACUCUUUCUUCAAAGUCUAAUCUAAUAGCACAUGUACGUGUUCAUACUGGGGAGAAACCUUACUCUUGCAAUGUAUGUAAUAAGAGUUUUUCCUAUAAGCAAUCUCUAACUCAUCACAGUCGUGCUCAUACUGGUGAGCAACCUUAUUCUUGUAGUGUAUGUGAUCGACGUUUUUCAAAGAAAUAUUAUCUGACAGUCCACAGUCGUACUCAUACUGGUGAGAAAAAUUAUACUUGUAAUAUAUGUAAUAAGAGUUUUUUCAAUAAGAAAUAUUUAACUGAUCACAAUCGUGUUCAUACUGGCGAAAAACCUUUUUCUUGUAAAAUAUGUAGUAUGCGCUUUUCACAGAAAUGUCAUUUACGUGGCCACAAUCGUGUUCAUACUAGUGAGAAACCUUAUUCUUGUAGUAUAUGUAAUAAAAGUUUCUCCUUUAAAAAAUGUCUAGUUGAACACAGUAGUGUUCAUACUGGUGAGAAACCUUUUUCUUGUGAUAUAUGUAAUAAGCGUUUUUCAAAAAAACAUCAUUUGAAACUCCACAGUCAUGUUCAUACUGGUGAGAAACCUUAUUCCUGUACUAUAUGUAAUAAGAGUUUUUCCAUUAAAAGAGUUCUAACUGAGCACCAUCGCGUUCAUACUGGUGAAAAACCUUAUUCUUGUAGCGUAUGUAAUAAAACAUUUUCGCAGAGAGUUACCCUGACUAGACACAGUAAUAUUCAUGCUAGUGAGAAAGUUUUGUCCACACUAUCGACAGAUUCUGACAUAAAAUAAAAAAUUAAAUCUUGUCAAGAAAAAAAUUAUGCUAUAUGAUAGUCAAGCAGCAAAAAAACUAUGCUAUCUAAUUUAUUCAAGUCUAAAUCAACUGAUAUAAAACACACAUUUGAGAUUUUCUAUGAUAGCUGCCUUUAUAAAAUAUGUUAAAAAUCUUCAUGCAUGUUUAGAUCACAGUGCAGUUAUUUAAAAAAAAACAAUGCUAGAAAGAGCAAGGCAUGCAUUUGAAUCACUAAAAAACCAGUUAAAUUGUCGAAUAUGAUUGUUAUGCUUCCAAUAUGUUAAAAUUGCCUUUGAUUUGCUUCCUUUAAACUUUUGCUUUUAUUUAGGCAUUGCACUUUUCCUGAUAAGUUCGGAUUCCGAAUUUUGAGAUUUUCGGCAUUUAUGUAUCUGUAUAGUCGAGGGUAAAAUGAAUGUGCCUCUUGAUUUUGAAACAUAAAAAGUGGCUUCUGAUAAGGAAAAAUGAAUUUAUUUCUGAAACAAUUUAUUUUAGAUGCUAUAUUGACUCUGUCAAGGUUUUAAGGGCCAUUCUCAUCCACAUAAUAUAUUUGUCUUAUCUCAUAACAUGUGUACAUUUCUGCAUAAGGAGUUUAAUAUAAAACCAAGAGAUAUGUAAGAUAAAUCUGUGUAUCAUAAAAAAAUAAAAUUAAAAAAAUGAAUGGAAAAAUUAAAAUUGAGUGUCUCAAAAUAUUUAGAGUGGAAUUAAAUGUAUAGUCAGUCUGACAGUCCCCUGAAAUGCAUUUUUUUUUAAAGUGAAAAUGUAGUGAUUGCUGAAAUGAGUAAGUGUCCACUACACACAAUUUAUAAUUUUUUUUUUUAAUUAUACAAAAUAAGUUUUUUAUAUAAUUGAAUGCUUCAUUUUACUUUGCAAUAAUCUAAAAGAAUUAGUUAUAAUUCGUAAACAAUAAAACUAAUUAAUUCGUAAUAAUAUCAUUUAUAUUUACAUACAGACAGGAAAAUGAAUUGAUUGAAGAACUAGCCUUAAGUGAAAAAUAAUAUUCUGAAAUAUUAAAAAAAAGAGAAAAAUAAGGUAAGGUUAAGUUUUAAUUAAAUGUGUUAUCGCUAAAGUGUAGAAAUGAGUUAUUCUACAGAUUAUCUUACUAAGAUGGUCUAUAAAAAGGUUUUAAAAAAAGCGCUUCAUUUCUCAAAUAACCUAAGUAAUCUACGAACUAAAAUAGGUAAUCUACACAUUACAAAUCAAGCACUCGUUAAAGUGAAAAGAAAAUCUUUGCUGAAAGAACAGCAACGUUUCUGCAUGCUUGAAUUAGCAUAAUAUUAUAUAUUUACUAUCGCUAUCUAACAAAUAAAGUUACAACAAUCAACACAUUAAUUAGUAUAUAGAAUCAUUAAAAACUAUCAUACAAAGAAUCAAAUGAUUUGAAAUAUUAAUGUAAUUUAGAGGAUUAGCAUAAUGUCGUUUGUUAAUUUUUCACUAUCCAAAGAAUCAAGUCAAUAAAUGCAAUCAACGAAUUAGUUUAUAAUCUGAGAGAAACAAACUUCUGAACUUUAACUAUACGAAAACCGUAGAUGCGCACUUUACCAAGGUUAAUUGCCGGGUGGGGAAUCUUGAUUUCACAUUUAAGGGGAUUAUUCUAAUGUUUGCAGAUUAGUUUGGUAAUGAGCACAUCAAUGACUUUCGAGCUUAGUGGUAACAUACAAUAGAGAGGAAAAGUUUUGAGACUGUAUGUUUUUCUGUUCCAUUUUUUUCUGUGAGCGAAAUUUCUUAAUGAUGUAAACUAGUAAUUUGUAAAUUUUGCCAUACUAUUUAGAGGAGAAAUUAAUAUUAGACUUGAAAAUUUUUAUUUUAACAAACACCAAAUGAAGAAUUGAGAUCAAAAGUUUUUUGACAAUUCAGUUUUUCUAAGCUUCUAUUGAAAUGAAUGAUUUUAAGCUUAAAAAAUAUUUCAAGUUUUUAGUACUACUUCGUUGCAUAUCCUUUCGCUGCGAUGACGGGAACACACCAUCUAAACAUGGAAUUAAUGAGGCCUUCUGAAUGGACUUAGGUUAGGAAUUUUCGCCCAUUCCGACUGAAAACCCUGAAAAAGUUCUGCACUUUAAAAAUGCUUCCGUGCCCCGACUUUUCUUUCGAUAACUUCCCAAAGGUGUUCUAUUGAAUUCGGGUCAUGUGAUUGACUGUGCCAGUUCUAAGUUUUAACCUUCAAAGCUGUAAAACAACUUGCUACAAUUUUAGAGAUGUACUUAGGAUCAUUAUUUUGCUAAAACAUCUGUCCACGAGGUAUCUUUUUAUGAGCAUAAGUAAGGUAUCAUGUAAACCUCUAAAAAAAAUGUAUAAACAUAUUUUAUUUUCCAUGGAUUUGCACGAGGAGAUCACGUAUUAUGAUGGAAAAUUCCCCAGGCCAUUACUCUGAACUGCUUCAGUGUUAGCCGCUGAUACCAGGGUUCUUUUCUGGUGCCUUUUGGGCAGCGAAUAAAACGUCAGCCAUCUCUUCCAAACAAAUUGAAUUAAUCACUUCAAAGGAGCUUCCAAUCCUUAGUAGUCCUUGCUUGUUUGUGCUCCAUUGCAAAUUUCAAUCAGAUCGACAUUAUUCUUUGUCCGAAUGAGAGUUUUUCCAGGAAUCCGUGUACACAAUUCAACUGCAUUCAGGCGACGUCUUAUGGUGCGUUUACUCACAGUGAGUCCAUGUUCGGUGACUAUUUCCUUGCAUACUGAUUACCGCACUUGUUUGGUUCAUCAACCAACUUUCUUCGGACUAACCCGUCCUGAAUUUGAAUCGUUUUUCUUGGGGCUCCUGAUCUUGGAAAAUCGUCUCCACUUUUCCCAUCCUUCCUCUUCGUUACUAUGUGGCCAACAAUUGAUUUUGGAAUUCCAAACUUGGUGGCGAUAGCAAAUAUCAAAAUUUUUUUUCUCAGAAUCUUUAAUAAUAAAAAGACGUACUUUUCCCUGUUUUCAUAUUGAAGAUAAAAUAAACACCAAUUCUUUCACUUAGGAAAUAGAAUUCUAAUGCUUAUUAAAAUUAAGCUAAUGAGUUUCGAACACAACGACACGGCUGUAAGUUUUAGUUUCGCCUACAACAACCCAGCUGAAUGAUUUCCCAGCCUUAUACAAAGUGUCGCAUUCUUGAACAGUGGUUACCAACUGGCGGCCCGUGGGCCACAUCCGGCUUGCGAAGCCUUUUUUUGUGGCCCGUGAACUAAAAUAUAUUAGUUGUCAUUUUUUAGGGCAAUUUUCGUAAAAAAUCUGUAUGGAUUAAAAAUACUUUUCUUUCGUUAAAAAAAAACCUAAUUUCUUUGUUUCUGUAAAAUUUAACAUACCAACGGUGCAAAAAAAAAAAUUCUUCUCGGGUAAAAAUCUACUUUUUAUUUUAAUUCGUAUUUCAAUACUUUUGUUUUGUACAACUUGAUAAAAAUCUGACAGUAAUAUUUAAUGUUCCUUCAAACAUAAAAGAGUCCUAUUUAAAAUUUUGAUAAAGUUGCUGCCCCCGCCAUUUGACUGGUGUUUUUAAUUGCGGCCCCCGGCCUCAUGUAAGUUGGAAACCCCUGUUCUUGAACAUUCUAGGAGCGUAAGAGUACGUAAAGCUAAUUUUCAUAUCUGCUCCAAGUUUUCGAAAUUAUAAAACCAUUUACAUAAAACUUGUAUAGAAAGAAAAUAUCAGAAUCGUUAUUUAAAAGGCUGGGACUGGAGUCAAACUAAAUCUAUAUAUUUUGCGUGGAAUUCCUCUGCUCUAACCACUGAGCAAUAGGAGCACUCUUGUGUGAAAAAUUAUCCCAUAUACUAUUUAAGUUAAUUAUUAAAAAUUUCAAUUUUCCAAAUUCUCGUUUGGUGUUUAUUACAAUAAAAAUUUUCAAGUCUUACUAGUUGCUCCCCUAGUAAGAUGAUUAAGGCUACUAGUUACUAAAUUACGUCAUUAAAAAAUUUUGCUUACUGUAUGCUUUUUUCAAAGGAUAACUAAAUUUAAAUCAUAUCAAUGAGGAAAUUUUAUUUUGAAGUUUAUGUAAGUUAGGAUAUUGAAUUAUCAUAUCUCGUUUGAAAUGGAUCCCUGAAAAAAGAAAGUCAUACCUUUAAAAAAAAGCAUUGCUGCCUGCAUUUAACUAUUUGCCAGCAACAAAGUAAAUAAAAUAUAAUUAUUAUCUGCUGCAUAUUAUGUAUUAAAAAACUGUUUUUUGUAUUAUCCAAAUAUAUCUGUCUUGUUAAUAAUAUUUUAUUAAUUAUAAUAAAAAGUUUUGUUACCUAA